GAUCACCUGACUUCCGAACAGCCAUUUUGUCUGUGGUUGGUAAUACAUUCAGAAAUCAACCGAAGUGGUUACCAAAAAGCUGUUAAGGGAAGAUGAAAAGAAAUACUGAGAAAAUGAACAACUGACUGAGUUUUCAUUGGAGAAAGGGGUUGAAAUACACGGCCUGACACGGGAACCCAGCGGCCGAAAAAGGACUACAUAACGUUAGCCUUACUAGCUAGCUAACUUGGCUGUCUAGCUUUUCACAGUGAAGUGUUAACAGCUAGGUUUUCCACAUUAUAUAGCUGGUUAGCUACUGUUUGAUGCUGAUUCUCAGUGUUAGCUAACUAGCUAGCUAGUUGCCGUAUUCGCUUGUUCUCAUCUGAACUCCGGUAACGUUAUAUCUGUUUUCUUUCGUGAUCCCAGGGAUUCUGUCAACCAGCAAACGAGGUUACAGUGACAACCGGUAUAUUAAGCGGUUGAUGAAUGAAUGUUGAUUCCCUUUCGCUGUAAUCAGCUCGAGUGGGGUUGUUAGCUAAUUAGCUAACUUGGUCAUUUACUGUCCUCCCAUUUGGAGCUACCUGCUCAGAUAACUAGCUAGCUAACUGCCUGAAAAAACGUAGAUAGCUAGCUAUCUAUCUGUUUUGCAAGCCACAGUCAUACCGUUAGUGAUGUCUCACUGCUUUCUUAUUGGACAGUUACCAUUGGAUGAAUUUCAUUUUCACUUUUGUAACGCUAGCUACGUUUAAAACCAGACUGCUGUCAGUUACAGUUGGUAACCUAGCUCUGAGGUAGUCGGGUAACUGUUAACUUACCGUCUAUACAUUGAAGGUAGCUAGGUAGCUAGCAACUUAUACUUUUUUCUUGCUUCUCCGCUUCCAUCUUUUUUGUAGUAGCUAGCUAAUAGUAAGGUGAUUUUGUAUCUGCAGUUUAACUUGGACAAAAUUUUUAGUUCACUGGGGCUUAAUAUGAGCUGGGUGGUUGCAACCUAGCUGGCUGUCUGAUUUACCGCAUGCUUCCCUGUGUAGUGCGCGACUCGGUCUACGGUUUUGUUUCCAGACAGUCAUCAGACGAAGAAAAAAGCCACCUUCCUGCCAGUUAAGGAUUUUUUAUUGAGAGUUUGUUUGCCAGUUAUUACAGUCUAGCUAGCUACCUAACUAGCUAAAAAUGUCGGGACAGUCGAUCACUGAUCGGAUCGCAGCGGCUCAGCACAGCAUGACUGGAUCUGCUAUCAGCAAAGCAGUCUGCAAGGCCACGACGCAUGAAGUCAGCGGACCGAAAAAGAAACACCUUGAUUACCUGAUCCACUGCACCAACGAGAUGAACGUGAGCAUUCCCCAGCUGGCGGACACGCUGUUCGAGAGGACCGCCAACAACAGCUGGGUGGUGGUCUUCAAAGCGCUCAUCACCACUCACCACCUCAUGAUGUACGGCAACGAGCGGUUUAUCCAGUACCUGGCCUCCAGAAACACUCUCUUUAACCUCAGCAACUUCUUGGACAAAGGCGCAUUGCAAGGAUAUGACAUGUCGACCUUUAUCAGGCGUUACAGCCGAUAUCUGAACGAGAAGGCGCUUUCCUACAGGCUGGUGGCUGUGGACUUUACCAAGAUGAAGAGAGGGAUUGAUGGAGUGAUGCGCACUAUGAGCACAGAGAAGCUGAUCAAGACCCUCCCCAUCAUCCAGAACCAAUUGGACGCCUUGCUGGACUUUGAGGCCAACCCCAACGAGCUGACCAAUGGGGUCAUCAAUGCUGCCUUCAUGCUUCUGUUCAAAGACUCGAUCCGCCUCUUCGCAGCAUACAACGAGGGCGUCAUCAACCUCUUGGAGAAAUAUUUUGAUAUGAAGAAGAACCAAUGUAAAGAUGCUCUGGACAUUUAUAAGAAGUUUCUCUACAGGAUGACAAAGCUGUCCGAGUUUCUCAAAGUUGCCGAGCAAGUUGGGAUUGAUCAGGGUGACAUCCCAGAUCUAACGCAGGCUCCCAGUAGUCUGCUGGAAGCACUGGAGCAGCACCUGGCUUCUCUGGAGGGGAAGAAAACCAAGGAGUUCUCUGCAGCCAGCAGAGCCAGCACCCUGUCGAGCGCCGUGUCUUCCCUCUCCAGCACCGGCAUGUCCUUCAGCCGCAUGGACGAGAAGGAGAAGAACCUGGCCUUGGAGGAGGAGCAGACCAGGCUGCAGUCCCUCAAGGAUCAGCGGCUAAAGGAGAUCGGCAUGCAAACGCCCACCGUGUCCCCGAGCACUCAGUCAAUGGGCAGUGCCAAUGGUACCAGCUCUGGCAUGGACCUCUUUACCAGCCCUGCCCCUGCCCCCUCUACCAACAGCAUGCCAAACCUCACCAGCGACCUGUUUGACCUCCAGCCUGCCUUCGUCCCCACCGUACAGAGCACACCCACCAUCUCCACCGUUAACAGUGCCUGGGGAGGUCUGGAAAUCGCCCCACCGCCCGCUCCCCUGCCCUCAAUGGGUGUAGAUUUCGAUGCCGUGUUCGGGAGUAAAGUCACCAAUAACGACGCGGCACCCACGUCUGGUUCGGACCCGGCAGGGGACCUCCUGAAGCCCUCGGUGCCCACGCAGAACCAGGCCCUGACCAUGUCGCUGCACCCAGGAGGCAAGCUGCUGGCCAGCGACCUGGACUCCUCCCUGGCCAGCCUCGUGGGCAACCUGCAGUUUGGAGGCACACCAGCUAAAAAUUUGCCGUUCUGUGUGCCCGCGUUCAGGCCGGACAUGCAGUGGACCCAGCCGGGCGAGAAGAAGCUGACGGGCGGCACCAACUGGCAGACCAAAACCAUGAGCACCACCACGGCCUGGAACCCUGCCCCCAUGGGUCCCGCCCCCAUGCCUGUGCCGCAGAUGAAUGGAAUGAUCUAUACUGGUUAUGCCCCGGCUCCGAUGGCUUUUCCCAUGACGACACCUCAAGUGCCUGUGUAUGGAAUGCUCCCACCGCAGAUGGGGCAGUUGGGCGGAGUCCAAGUGAUGGCACCUCAGCCCAUGAUGUACAACCAGCCUGUUCUUAGACCUACCAACCCCUUUGCCCCCAUUCCUGGAGCCCAGAUGCAGUUCAUGUAGUACCGGCGAAGGGCGUCGCGCCAAAGGUCACGGCGAAUCAUCCCCCUCCCCUCAACAAAACGAGCAAGCGAAGAAGAAAAAUCAAACCAACGCCAAAUACAGGGAGAGGGAAGAGAGAAGCGAAGGAGACCAGAAAAGAAAAGUGCGCACAGACUGAAGAUACGUUCGAUGUCAUUACCGUUCCAGCGCUUGUCAUCCAUGUGUGAAACACGGCGCCCCGACCCCGCCCCGCCCGUGACCCGGCUGCCCAUCUGCCCCCUUCACACCGGCUGAACUGGAUUUGUAUUUCCGCCUUUACAGGCUAGCGUGGGGGGGCUCCGCAUGGACACGCUGCUGUCUGAGAUUUAGAGAGAGAGUGUAGAUCACGAAACGCACUGAAGACUGGUUGAUGAAGCUUUUCUUUGGCAUUUUACUUUUUCUAGUCUACCUUCCUCCGCCCUGCCCUGUUUUUUCGAGAAGGUUCCGGAGGUCGAGCCGCAAGGCCCUUUUCCACGCUGUCUUGUUACUAUGGAUGCAUCUGUUACUGUGAUUGUUCGUGAGCACUUUGGUCACUGUCGAGAAGAUUAAACCUAGCUACGGAUGCUGUUCAUCUUACAGAUCCGUCCGGCCACUUGCGAGGCCUAAGGCUGAUCUGGCGCCUCUGGGCCGAUUGGUUCGGUCUGUCCUUGAGCGUUCGGAUCGAUCCGUCCACGCCGAUUUUCUCAAAGCGUUUUUCUUCAAACACCUCUCGCCUCACAUCCAAACAUUUCGGUUUACUGUGCACAUUACGUGUGUGUUGGUGAGAUGAGUUUUUUUUUACAUUUUUUUUUUUUUUUAAUUCAGGUAAGGAAAAGGUUUGGCUAUCUAAAUUGGUGCUUUGUACCUUUGAGCACUUUAUUAGUGAGUUAGCGCGCGCGCACGCUAGUGUGUAAGUGAAGGAGCGCUGUCGUUGCCUGUCUUGUCCUGACCCUCCGCAUGGUCAGUGUGAGAGCUGUGUUCUGCAUGGUGGUGAAUCGGCCUUGAUCAGUUAGUGUCUGUGUGUGCGCAUGCAUGCAAGCGUGCCCGCCGAAUGCCAGUUACAUUGCCCGCCCCCCCCCCCCCAAACCUCCCCCCACUCAAACAGAAAUAUCAGCAGUCUGAGAUGGCUCUUCUAAUUUGUUAGUUUACCAACCCUCUGCUGUCAAUUUUUAUUUAUGUGUCCAGAAUGGAGUUCAGUUGAAGUUUGUCCCCAUUUGCUUUCCAUCCUUGUCUGCCAUCAUCAGCACCAUGGGAGUUUUUACUGCUGUGGUAGAUGAGGACGGGCGAUGUGUCCUACACACGCUCGGUGCAUGAGCUGCUGUUUCAGACUGGCUGAAAACCGCCUUUUCAGUCAUCACGAAAUAUUUCCAUGUCUCCAUACCCUUUCCUAAAAACGUCCGUUUAACAACUGAAUGAUUCAGUUAUUGAAAUUCCCUUCGUGUUUUUGGUUUAAGCUUGUAAAUACUGAUUUCCCUGUGUUUGUAGUGUGGAGACAUGUCCUUCUGCUCCUGUCUAAUGGUGCAUUGGUGGAGCCUGUUGAUGGUCUUGUCGCAUCAGUCAUACAAUGACAGUAAAAUAUUCAUAUUAUUUGCUACGGUUAUAAUUAUUAUGAUAUCGCGUGCAUCUUUAUGUGCAAACGCUCACCCGACUUCAUGAAAUGACAGAAGGUUCAAAUGUAACUUCAAUUUUGAGUCCUUGAAGAGCUGCCAUAUUUGUGAGCGAAGGGUUGUGGGAAAAGAAGGUGCCAGUUGCGAUUAGAUUUUGACUUUCGUUCUUUUGCUAUUCUGGAAGUUUAAGUGAAGCCCAGCUAGCUUGUGCCGUGAGACGCAAAAUGCGCUUUAUUUGUUUCAGGGCCCUGGAAGGGUCAGGCUGCUUUUAGCAGAGGCAGCGCCGCGGGGCUCGCGCCCGGCCGACCCUCGUCUAGAGACGCAGUAGCCAGCGACUGCGGCACAGCGUCCGCAAUGACACGCAGCGCUGGAGGGAGUUUCACCGUGAGGAGGUCACCGAGUCCCCACCCGCCCAGCCCUCGGCUGUAAGCACGAGGUUCGGCGGGGUGUUCGGCCAACGGCGAGCGCCACAGGCGCACCCCUGGGUUCCAAGCAGGCGCUUCUGGAACCGAACUUGGCCGACGUACUGCGUCGCCAAAACAGAUGCAUGUUGGAAGUGAGCUCCUGGUUUGGAAGUGCGCUGGGUCUCUGGGCCAAUUAGUAUUUUGCCAUGAACCGCCAGGCAGAGCCGACCCGGGGUGGGUAUUUCCGAUUUAUGAAGUUUGAGGAUUAGGGGAGUGAGGGUGGGGGUGGGUGGAUUUGUAAGGGAGGGUGGGGAGUGUUUUUGUCAUUGUCGCUAUCGAUGUGUGUCAAAGUCAAACCUAGAUGUGCCAGCAUCACUGUUGUACAGCGUUUAGCACAAAAGAGCAAGCGAAAAAUGGAUAAAUGAACAGAACUGCACAAAACCGAAUUGUAGCUGCUGCAAUGUUGUGUGGGGAAGUACCCCCCCACCCCCACUUGGCUGUUAUUUUUAGAAAAAACACAAGUACAGAGUACAGAAUGGCAUAUCCUGUCCUGUUUUUGAAUACUCGGUUAAGGAUAAUUGAAAGUGAACACGCGGUGAAUUUAAACUCAAAUCAAUCUUAAACAGGGUAAUCCCAGCGAGGCGUCCGUGUCCCACAGGGCCAGUUGUCAGUCAUUGGCUUGUGUGCACAUGACCAGUUGUAGUAAAUGGUGAGUAGUCCUGUGCUGUAAAUGUGUCUGAACUGUCCUCUGUCCGGUAGGUAGUUCUAGAAGUGUCCAAGCCGCCUCUUGUCGUCUGCUUUAGGACCAUCCCGUUCCAUCGCCCUGCGACCCGAGCCCUUUCCUCCAUUUUUACAUAUCGGCGCAGUAACCGUACCCACGUCUAUGUCCACUUCCUGGACUUUUGUGCUCAACAGGAAGUCGACCAGUUCUGUCUUGUCCUCUUGUGCGCCGCCUCAUGCAUUAGCGUCUCGGUUAGGCGAUAGCAUUUUUGCGUGGAGAAACGUUCGCGUCGGCCCAUUUAGGUGGCAGCCGGUAGAACGUUCGUAGGUCGAAGAGCCAAGCUCUUACCAGUUCAGGGAGGCGAUCCCUACAACCCAUCCGUGAAGACCGUCCUACGUAGUGAUGUCACUGAGCCCAUGGGAGGAAACCGACGCGUCAAUCAGUCUGGGAGCUUCUGACAUUGAGGAAUAGUUUCUCACCUCUCUUUCUGACUGCAGAUUUUCUUUUUUCUUUUAAUUUGUCAGACCUUUUCUUUAUUUUAUUUUAUGCAUGGAUUCCCUUCCUGUCUGUAUAGUGGAGGUUGUACAUAGCGCUGGCGGAGAUGAGAAAGCACAAAGCUCCCAGGGCCAUGGAGACUGUAGGAAACCUCCGUCUUUUGAGUGCAUGGUCAGUGUCGUGUUUAUUUUUUUUUUUCUACGGGGGUGCAUGAUAUUGUAUGUAGUCACAUUGAUCUGUGAAGUGUGGGCCGUCGUCGUCAGGCUUUCGGAGCUGGUGGGGUGGGAGGGGUUGGGGCUUCGGGCCUUUCCGGUCAAAGAGCAAAGAAUGACAAGGGCCCAGCCUGUAGUUAACGUCCGUCAAAUCAAAGAACCAGCGAGUUUCAGCCAGCCCGGCCAUACGCAUCAACGUCAUCCAGGUCACCUGAUUUACCGCCCCGGAAUGUCUUCAGCGCCAUCUGGGCUGCUGUGCAGUUUCUAAUCACGUUGUGGGUUUUUUUAUGGGAUCUGUAUGGGAUCUCCGUAUUUGCAUCUACAGCGCCCUCUGUUGGCGCCUGAGUGUCCUACGCCAUCCUCGUCUCCUGUUGUAACGUCUUGGUGUUCUGAUCCUUUCGGUUGACACUCAGCUUCCACCGCAAGAGUCUGCCCGGCUCACCAGUCAGCUUCCUUUAAUGUAUUGUACAGCUAUGCUGUUUGGGAGCAGGUGGUGUCCGGGUCUCGACCCCUGCGCUGGAAAGCACAGUGAAAUGAGCAAAGGGUCCUCCUUACCUUGACACCAUCAGGGAAUACAAGUAGAAAUGAUGAAUAUCUUUUUUUUUUGUCAUCAUUGUCAAAACUGUACAUUUUUCAAUAUGUACUUUCAGCUGCUGCCUCAAUACUCUGUAUAUUCAUACUCUGCAAUGUAUUAUUUUUUUGCAUUUUUAAUUUUCUGAACAUGAUAUAUAAUAUAUAUUUGCUUUAUAUACUCUUUAAGGGAGAGCAUUGAAACACUAGUCCAUUUGGUUUUUUUUUGACACCAGGGAAAGAAACGCUGCAACUUUGUCCAGGUCAUGUUUAAAUGCCAAAUGAUACUCAACAGUAUGGAUGUACCCACACCUGUUACUUUUUUCUUUUUGUAUUUAUAAACGCAUAAUGUCAGGAUUCCAAGACUUACAAAAGAGAUUAAAGGCAUUGGGAAAUAAACAUAAGUUUUUAUUUUUAUGCAUAAUUUCAUACUGGGUUACAUAUGGUUGUUUUUUUUUUUAAGGAAAACGAAUAAAAAGGUCAUUUGUCAUUCUUA